AUGCGGAACCUAGACGUGUGCAGGAAUAUUUAUUCACGAGCGAGGUCGUCCAAUGCCUCGGUUUCGUUGGUAGCUCCACGAAAUGCACUGCACUUCACUUUCGCUGCUGCCAAGGUAUCCCGUGACCCUGCCGAAGUGUGGUCUUGGUCUUGGUGGGGAAACGAAUCCCACUCGCCAGAAGAUUUCGACUGGAUGGUAGACUACCUCGACUUCAUAUAUUCCGACGACCACGAAUCAGCAUAUGACAUCCUUUUGCUACUGGGUAGUGUGGGGGUGUGUUGCCGCCCCGCUAAACAACAUCUGUUCAUUGAGAGGCUCAUCGCCUGCAUGGACAGUAACAUGCCUCUCCAUUUACGCCAUGCCGCUCUUCGUGCUGCUCACAGUGCCCGAGAACAAAUCGCCUCGAUGGAUGCCAUUGAUGAUUCGACGCUACGUGACAUGAUUUUGACCAAGCUCUCUCUCGCUAUUCUGUCCGUGCUUUGUCCGCACCCAGGUACAACACCCGCGAAUGAUGAUCCCAACCUCUUUUUCAAUUAUGGCCGCGACUUGUGCUAUCUCAGACUGGUCUUUGCCCUCGCGAGGAAUUCCGACUGGCACCCCCAUUUGUUUGGGGACCGCCAUAUAGAUCGGUGCAUUAGCAUGAUUCCCCGGUACUGCAAUUCCAGGUACUACGAGCAUUCAUUUUUCGUAGCUGGUAUCCUCCUCCAAAUCACACCCGAACAGACAUCAGUUACAUCGCUUGAUUCUGUUACAGAGCAGCAGUGGUGGGACGUGACGAGAAGCGCAUGGUGGUAUCCUAGUCACAUUGACAAUACACGCUAUCUCAAGCUCCUUCUUGUUCUUGUGGAUGGCACAAAGAAGUAUAUGCAGUUUGCUUCGAAAUCUGAUCUCGAGCAGCUCAUUAGAGAUGUGGACAACUUUGUCGAAAG